AUGACGCCAUCCGCCAUCUCAGGGUCCACAGAUCGUGCUCGUGCCAUCACCCCCGGCACGAGACAUGCCAUCCCUACGCUGUUCACUCUUGGGAGCUCGAUGCGACCGGUUUUGUCAAAAAGAAAGGCAUCAGUCGCGGCGGAAGCCUCAACACUGGGAAGCCACCAGGUGCUUUCGAGCGGCAGCCCACGCUCGAUCGCCAAUGCGGAGACGAACUCAAGCCGGACCCGAAGAGAACAUCAUCCACUCGGACAGUCACGAAUCAAACACUCAGCUCGUGACAUGCAGACUGAGGCUUUGAGGUCGCAGAGGGGUGAUGUCAAUCCCGCCGACAUUUCUUGGUCGGAGAAACUGCGGGCUGACAUUUACAAGAGACAGGUCGACAGUCUUACCACAGCUAUGAGUCAGCUCCUGACUGGCUCUCAGCCCGUUCAAACAGGGAUAUCAAUUACCAAUUCGACCGUUCACAUCCACAAAGACGUCGGCCAAGUCACUUACAGUUCGGAAAACAACAAUAGUACCGGCCUGGCUCAUCGUUCCCCUGAUGCUGAGACCUUCAGCCCUACAGGCACAGCUUCAACGACCAAAGGUGCGACAAAUGCAACGUCCGAGCCCUGGAGACGAUCAUCAGCGGUUGUGACCCAUCCCCCUCCUCCUCCUUCUCCUCCUCCUCCUCCUCCACCUCCUCCUUCUCCUCCUCCACCUCCUCCUCCGAUCCGCCAAACCCGUCCUCCAGUCCCCGCUCCUCAGCCCCAGCUGAACGACGUCGGACCUGCGGCUCCAGCCAUUGCACCCCGCGCUCCAGAGGCGACGCCUCAGUGGGAACGUCUUGCGAAACGAGACUUCACCGGGCUUUCUGGACCAGACCUCAUGGAUCUGCUCAAGGCCGAUGUUCGUCUGAACAAUAGAUCAAGGCUGAAGAAGGUUGUACCGAUUACAGCGGAGGAGCGAAAGCUGCAGAGAGAGAAAGAAGCACUGUCAGUGGUCCAACAGGGUCCCAAGGCGACGUGGAGAGAUGCGAACCGAAGAGCUGCGGCCGCGAAGGCACGUACCCAGGAGGUGCAGCCAGACAUGUCAUUGCCAAGGACGGAUCCUCCAAGCAGCGAUGCGGCGAUCGUUGAGCCAUGUCUGAACCCUCACGAAAUGGAGCCAAGCAAGGAACAAGCAAGAGGACAGUAUGGCGGAGUAUUGGCAGGAUUCUCAGCAACGUCGUAG